AUGCAUUGGUGUCGCAUUGUUCUGGUGCCAGGAAUGAUAACUAGUCCUUCUAGACUACACGGCCUACUGAAAUCAUCACUUUUUUGUUGCAGAAUGGAAUUGGUUAACAACUGUAUUAUGAAUUACCGGCGUUUUAAAUCGCAUUACGUAACCAAUUUGUCCACCCGAGAUUUUGUAGAAGUAAUAAAUCAGAAGGCUAAAAUUCAUAAAUAUUUAAAACUACAAGAGCCAGAAGAAGAUUCGGAGUAUAUCAAUUGUUUGGAGACACGUGAUUCGGGACAAAAUCUGAACGUCAUCCCAGAAGAUGACCAUUUGGACUUUGGUGCUCUUAGUGCUGACACCUUAAAUUAUCAACCAUGUCAUGAGUCACUUAUUUCACGGUCGAUUGAUGAUGAUAGAUUGAAAAAGAAAUCUGUUAUAGAUGAACUUUUAACUGCUGAACCUGAAGAUGAUCCUGGUGAUCGUCUAAGAUUAAGUGAAGUUGAUCGUCGUCAUCCUCCUGAAUAUUAUUCUGCACAGAUAAUACGUUUGUGUAAAGCAGGUGAUACAAAUGCAGCAUUAUCAGUAUUUUUCUCUCAAAUGUUAGAAAGAGAUCGUGUUUUACCGUCAAGAUUUCAUGCACACAUGUUGUUGGAUGGUUUAGCCAAAGUUGGUGAUAGUGAAAAUGCAUUUCGUGUAUAUAAAAAGAUGACUGACUUGGGGAUCAUUGCAACUCAAGCAACGUAUUCACGUUUGUUCCGUGCUUGUGCUGAGGAUAUUUCAACAUGGUAUCGAAGACAUAAACACUUUAUUCCACCGAUUGUUGCAAAUCAUUCUGGAAGUUCCUUAUCCUUGUUACAACGUAAAAACUUAGCUCUACAGAAAGCAUUGACUCCAGACAUGCUACCAAGUGAUUUUGGUGGACCUGCAGUCAAUAAAGUAUAUUCACUUUGGCGUCGUCUUCGUGAAAAAGGUGUAGAGUUCACAGAAAUCACUUACAAUGUUCUUAUUUUAGCACUUGCUAAAGCUGGUGAUAUUCAUGGUUGUCUGCGAGCCCUUGAUAUGAUGAUGAUGACAACUACAACAAAAGCGGGUGGAUUUUCUACCCAAUCUACAACGAAAUCAAAUAAACGAUUAAUUCCUGAUCAAUAUACACUAAUCUCUUUGUUGUCAGCUAUUGAACCAGCCACUAUGAAAAGAAAUCUGGUAUUAUGUCAUAAUAAUAAAGAGUCAUCGAAGAGUACAUUGAAUGAAGAUAGUGUCUAUCAUAUUAGUCCAUUUCAACUUGCUCUUGUCCUAUGGCAUGAAUUAUUACCGUAUACACAAAACUCUAUACUCCCACAUCAUUUCACUUUAUUAGCUAAUAUUAUGGCACUACAAAAUACUUGUUUAGAUUCAAAUCACUGUGAAGUAGUAUUUGUGAAUAAUGCUCGUGGCAAAUUAUUUCAAGAUAUACUCAAGGAUUGUCCAUCAGAUCCUUAUAAAGCUAUGUAUCAUCUUCCAACACAUCCUUCGUGUACAUCAAGUGAGUUAGCCUCACUUAUUAUUGCUCAAGCUACAAAAUCUUCAUUGUUAAACAAUACUACCAUUUCUACUCAGCUGGAAACAAUAGAUGAAUUAACUGUUCAGAAGACAUCAGAAUUCACUCAAUUAGAUUGGAAUGAUACAAUGUUAGCCCUUCAUAGUACAAUAAAUCUCUUACUACCUACUGAUAAACCAAUCGUAAUAUAUGGACCAAAAAAUCAAAGUCUUACACCAUGGCAACGUUUAGCACUCGUUGGUGGAUUGCAUGGAUUUCUUGAUAUGAUUGAGAAGUAUUACAAACUGAAACCUGGUCUACCUUUUAUGACUUCUUUAGUUCGUUUAUUACCACCUGCAAAUAAAUUAGAUGAAUAUGAGAAAAAUUUUGAUAUUUGGGAAAGUGAGUUUCUAAAUUCACUUACAAGAUUUAAACUAACUCCUGAUACUGGAAUAUACAAUGCACUGAUUAAUCGAAGAACUUCUGCUGGUGUCAAUGCGAAUCAUUUAUUAGCUGAUAUGACAUGUAAAGGAUUCAUUCCCGAUCAGAUUACAUGGGGAUGUCUUGCUCGUGGUUGUGAAACAACGGAUUCUAUUAAAAAACUUCUACAUGCCUUUGAAACUGCUGCAAUCACUUCACCAAUUUCAAUUGAUACCAAUGGAAAUGUUGUACAGACAAUAGAAAAAAUUCAUUCUCCUAUUGUUAGACCGAGUUUCACCUUUUUUUCUACUUUAUUAACAACUUCUCAAUUCAAUUGGGAUUUGAAAGCAUUUGUUGUCGAGUAUAUGAGACGUCAAGCGUAUAUAGAUGAUACAUUAUCGGGGAAAAAAAAGACAAUAGCUAAAGAGAAAACAUUGAAACAUAAAUCGUCUGAUCAAUUUUAUGGAUUUUCAUUAGAUCGACGAUUAAUAGCUAGUAUUGAUAUAGACAUCGCACUUUUUCGAGAACUUUUAGCUAAAGGUAUAAUUCCGAAAGAUGGUUCACCUGUGUCAGUAGCGAAAACCGGUGGAUUUUUUGUUCCUCCAUUUGCGGUGAAAUCUUUUUAUAGGUUUAUAAAACUAUACAAAUCCUGGUUACAGGAAACUCCUGUAGGGAAGCCACGUUGA